CUGAACCAAUCCCACUUUAUGAGACAAUUACACUCCAUUAUUGGUCCAAACUGUUUCCGCCCCAGGGGUCAGCUCAAUGGCCACGUUCGCACAAUAACUUUUUGGGGAGAAGCUCCUGUUGUUGCUCCUGGUUGCGUCGCUGGACUCUCCUGCUCCGCACUGGCAAAGAGUCAAUUGAGUGUUGACUUGACUUGACUCCCUCCCACUUCACUCCUCCAUUUCAUUUCAUUCCAUUUCUCCUCACCUUAACUGUCACGGUAAUUUCUUAUCUCAAAAUGGUAGCUCUCCAGUACUCGGUUCUCGCCGCUUUGGCACUUCGUGUCGUCUCUGUCUUUGCUCAGGAAGACCCAUCUCCUCUUGACGAAGGCGCCGGUAGCCCUGGCAACUCCCCUGAACUCAAUGCCGACAUCAUCGCCAGCUUCCCCGACGCCGACAUCUUUGGUGUCAAGCUGGUCAACGGUCGUCCCACCAAGGCAGUCAUUGAGAUCGCGAACCACGAGGCGGAACCUAUCCAGUUCGCCUUCAUUGGCGGUUCUCUCAACACCCUGCAGCCUGUGCCCGCCGACGUUCACCCUUCGAGCAGCAUUGUCCGCAACCUGACCACUGUCCGAUACGAUGCCAUCAUCCCUGCCGGCGAGACCCAGUCCCUGCCUUACUCCUUCGUCCUGGACAUGAACCCUCAGGAACUCCAGCUUCUGUUGGGCGCUGUUGUCACUUCCCAGGCUGGCAACAUCUUCCAGGUCACCGUUGCCAACCAGACUGUCAGCAUUGUUGAGGCUCCUACCAGCAUCUUCGACCCCCAGAUUAUUUCUAGCAUCUUCCUGUACCUCGUUCUCGGAGCUGCCUUUGCUGGUACUUCCUACUUCGUCUACAAGACCUACAUCGAGGCUUUCUUCCCCGGCCAGCCCAAGAAGACCAGAGCGCCCAAGGGCAAGCAGGCCAAGCUCAUCGAGAAGGAGCCUCUCUCUGGCGGCGAGGGUACCGCCACUGGUGCUGACUCGGGUUUCGAUGCUAGCUGGAUUCCCCAGGACCACAUCAACCGGCCCACCGCAAAGCGCGUCAAGAGCGGUGCCGCCCAAAAGAAGCCCCUCAAGACUGUUCAGUAGAGCCAGCUGGCUGAAGACUCGGAUACUGCCGCCCCUGCAUCUGCUACAGUGAACUCGGGAAAGACAGGAAAGAGGAGGUCGAACAAAACAGCGCCGAAAGGGCACUGGGCCAUAUGUAACUUAUCUCAUGUGCAACAGUUGGGCGGGGAAUUAAAAGCAGAACCGCCGGGUCGUGAUUGAAGGCUGGUUUGCAUUUGCGUAUUUGUUAACAACAUUAUGACAAAGGCCUAAAAGAAAGCUAUAAAUCACCAUCCAACGCCCCGUUCUAAUAAUAUGAUAGUCGUAUGUAUGCGCGCUCUGAAUUCAAAUUCCAAAAUAUGCAAUCAACCCAUGUCC